CCGACAGGAGGCCGAGCCCCCACUACCGUGUGGAGCAGCAGGAACAGCGGGCGUCUGGCCGAUGAUGCUGGGUGUGUGGUCCUUGCUUUUGCUCUGGGGCCUGGCUUCCCCAUGUGAGGGGCUGCUGGAGACUGUGGGCACGCUUGCUCGGAUCGACAAGGAUGAACUCAGCAAAGCCAUCCAGAACUCGCUGGUCGGGGGGCCCAUUCUGCAGAAUGUGCUGGGCACGGUGACGUCGGUGAACCAGGGCCUGCUGGGCUCCAGGGGGCUGCUUGGAGGAGGCGGCCUGCUGGGCUACGGAGGGGUUUUCAGUGUGGUGCAGGAGCUCUCUGGCGUGAAGAUUGAAGAGCUCACGCUGCCAGAGGUGUCGCUGAAGCUGCUUCCAGGGCUCGGGGUGCAGCUGAACCUUCACACCAAGGUCGGGCUGCAUGGCUCAGGCCCCCUUGGGGGCCUCCUGCAGCUGGCCGCGGAGGUGAACGUGUCGUCGCGGGUGGCGCUGGGCAUGAGCUCGCGAGGGACGCCCACUCUGGUCCUCAAGCGCUGCAGUACGCUGCUGGGCCACAUCAGCCUGCUCUCGGGGCUGCUGCCAGCACCGCUCUUAGCAGUUGUGCAACAGAUGCUGUUCAAGGUGCUGCCCGACCUGCUGUGCCCUGUGGUAGACAGUGUGCUGGGCGUGAUGAAUGAGCUCCUGGGGGCCACACUUUCGCUCGUGCCCCUCGGCACCCUGGGGUCCGUGGAGUUCACUCUGGCCACCCUGCCCCUCAUCUCCAACCAGUACAUAGAGCUGAACAUCAACUCCAUCGUGAAGAGCGCAGCCGGUGACCUCAUUGAUUUCCCCAAGCCCCACGUCCCGGUCAAGGUGCCGCCCAAACAGGACCACACAUCCCAGGUGACUGUGCCGCUGUACCUCUUCAACACCGUGUUUGGGGUCCUGCAGACCAGCGGUGCCCUGGACAUAGACAUCACCCCCGAGCUGGUUCCCAGCAACAUCCCGCUGACAACCACACACCUGGCAGCUUUGGUCCCGGAGGCCCUUGGAAAGUUGCCCCCAGGCCAGCAUCUCCUGCUGUCACUGAGGGUGAAGGAAGUACCCACCGUCACGCUGCAGAACAAGAAGGCCAGCAUCUCCAUUGCAGCCACCAUUCACGUACUGUCUCCAGUCCCUCAGGGGACCCCCGCAGCCCUCUUCCAGCUGAAUGAGGUGCUGACCCUAAAUGCCCAGCUGGCUCCCUCAGCCACCAAGCUGCACCUCUCCCUGUCCCUGGAAAGGCUCAGUGGCAAGCUGGCCUCCUCCUCUGUCCACACCUUUGAGGCGUCCCGUUUGGAAGAAUGGCUCAGCAGCGUGCUCCGGGCUGCGUACAUGUCGAAGCUCAAUGUGGUCCUGGAGGUUGGAAUUCCCCUGCCUAAGAUUCUCAAUGUUAAUUUUUCCAAUUCAGCUCUGGACAUCAUUGAGAAUGCUGUUGUGCUCACCGUGGCAUCCUGAGGCUCCUGUGGACACCAUCCCUCCUUGUUGACUACCAGAGUCCUGGCUAUCUGCCUCAGCUUCCCUCCCAGUCUCUAGCCUGUGUCGGUGACAGCAUAAGUGCCUCCUAUCCUCCUGGGCCCGCCUUGCCCAGUGCCCUGCAGCCCUGCUGCCAUUCGGGUGGGGAUUGUGGACCCACCUUGGGCCUGCUCAGAGCACUGCAGGCCUCUGCGAAAGUCGCAGGCCUCAAUAAACUACUCCUCAGCU